AGAUGACCUAUGGAGGGCCCUUCCAGCCCUACUUCUGUCUGAUUCUAUGCUGGAGGAAUGGAGCCAGUUAUCAAGUGAUACCUGUUGUGAAUCCCUUCUUCCAGCACAGAUGCACAUGACAUCCUUCCCUUUUCCAUAAUGCUGUGGUGAUGAAUUCUUCUAUGAAUGCAGCCAGCAAAGGAGUUUCCACAGGGAUUGCCAAUAGGUUCUUCAAUUGCAUUGCAUCCUGGCUGCUGUUGAGUGCAGUGGUGGUGUUUUCACUGCACAUCAUUGUGGUUUCUGGAUAUCAGCCUCUGAAAAGAAAUGAAGUUGUAAGAGCACAAUUUCUACCUGAUCAGUACACCUGAAUUAUUGUCUAAUGCAGUUAAUCUACAAACACCAAAGAUGCUGACCAGAAAGAUUAAGCUUUGGGAUAUUAAUGCCCAUAUAACCUGUCGUCUGUGCAAUGGAUACCUGAUUGAUGCUACCACUGUAACGGAAUGCUUACAUACCUUCUGCAGAAGUUGCCUGGUGAAGUAUUUGGAGGAAAACAACACUUGUCCAACAUGUAGAAUUGUUAUACAUCAGAGUCAUCCACUGCAGUAUAUUGGUCAUGACAGAACAAUGCAAGAUAUUGUUUACAAACUUGUACCUGGCCUCCAAGAAGCUGAAAUGAAAAAGCAGAGGGAGUUCUAUCACAAACUGGGCAUGGAAGUACCAGGGGAUAUCAAAGGGGAGACAUGCUCUGCAAAGCAACACUUAGAUUCACAUAGGAAUGGUGAAACAAAAACAGAUGAGAGUUCAAACAAAGAAGCAUCAGAGGAAAAACAGGAAGAAGAUAAUGAUUAUCACAGAAGUGAUGAGCAGGUAAGCAUCUGCUUGGAAUGCAAUAGCAGCAAAUUGCGUGGAUUGAAAAGAAAAUGGAUCCGCUGCUCAGCACAAGCAACAGUCUUGCAUCUAAAGAAGUUCAUUGCCAAAAAACUUAACCUUUCUUCUUUUAAUGAGCUGGAUAUAUUAUGCAAUGAAGAAAUACUUGGCAAGGACCACACACUCAAGUUUGUAGUUGUUACUAGAUGGAGAUUUAAGAAAGCACCUCUAUUGCUACAUUACAGACCCAAAAUGGACUUGCUGUAAGAGAACUUUAUUGUCCUUCUGGACAGAGUUUUUUGCAGAGACUAUCACCAGGCACCUUCUUAGUGCAUCACUUAACUUACACGACACGAACCAGCAGAAUCAUUUUGGAAGACUGUAGUGCUUUCACAACCAACCACCCUUCUGAAUAUUUCUUCUAGGGAUGUAUUACCUGGAUUUCUGGACAGAAAAUAUUUAUACUUUUUUGUAUGAAAGAAAUAAAUCACAACUCAGCAAGACACUACCAGCACUAAGUUUACUGAUAUUGAAAACACUUCACAGUUCCAUGUAGCUCACUGCCAUUUAUCUCUUUGCUGCAGUUACACAGAAAUAAAUUAAAAUGUUGUGGGAAUGAUUUUAAAGGUUGCUUUUGACACCAAAUUAUCUUUAGUUACUUUUCAUGUGUUGAAGCUUUCAAAGCUUAUUUUGAUAUUUUUUGCAAGGUGUUUUUUUGUCUUACAUAGUCCACUUCAGUUAUUUUGGCUUUCAUUGAGACCUUUGUAGAGCAUUGAACAUACCUUAUGAUAUAGUGACUGGUGAUAUUUAUUAUGCUGCAUUAAAACUUCCUAAAAACCUAGGCAUCAAAUAAUUUCAUUAAUUUUACACAAUGUUUGAUCAUAUUUGCUUUAUAUUUCAGUAAUGUUUUGAUGCGCCCCUGCAUGUUGAUUUGAUGAGGCUAACAAAGAUGAGUUCACUUAACUAAUCUGCUGUAUAUUUUGCAAUGGCAUAAGAUGCAUUUGAUCAUAAUGAGUACUCAAAGUACAAUAUUUGUGAACUUGUUUUAAGGUAGACUUGUCUUAUGUAGUUGGGGCUUGCAAAACUAUUUUAUUUUUAGAGAAUUUGAUUUUUUUUUAAUUUAUUUUCAUUUUUUUUUACAAAAUUGAGCUUAGUAGUUAAUCCUUAACUGCUUGAGUUCAAAUAUUUCUAUAUUGAAAAAUAUACGAUAUGGUAAUAUUGCACAGGUUUCCAUUUCACAGGGUUAAAAAUUCAGUUAAUUGCAGACCAGUUUUAGGUUUCAUUGUAAGACCAUUGUUUUCUCUAGCUCUAUCUCUAGCUAUCUUGGAGGUCAGACUACAUCUUAGUAUUACCUUCUGGCCUUAUGAUCUUUGAUUUUGUCCAGACCUGAGAGAUGCAAAACACCAUGCACAUAUGUCAUUAGGCCUACUCUCAGGUAUGCUUUAGGGGGGUCUUCAAAUAAAAAUUUCAGAAGGCUUUUUAAAAUAGGCAGCUUUUAAAAACUAUUAAUAUUGGUUUCAGGUGAACUCUGCAAGCUGCAUACUGUAUAAUAUAGUAGACAUAAUAUGAAUGUUAAAAUAUUUGAUUUGGCACAGGAAGUUUUAAAUUACUGAAAGGCGGAUGUGCGGUGUUACUGAUGGCUUGAAUUUGUAAUUUUGAAUCUCGGGAGAGUUUCCCUGUCAGCUGAAAACAAGUUAGUAUACAUAUUAUUAAACCCUUGUAUUCCACCAUAACGUAGAAGUCACUAGCUUGAUGGAAUCAUUUCACCUGCCAGCACCACCCCAAUUCUUCCAGCUGACCUCCUCUCCCCUGCAAAGAAUCAUUUAUUUAAAAAAAUCAUUCAAGAACAGGGAGAAAAACAUGGGAGAAGUUUAUCUAAAACUGUAUAUCAUCUUCCCUCUUGUCAUAAAGUAAUCUGCUAUCUCUUCCCCGAGUCCUCUGUACAACAUAUUCCUACAUGUACCUCCUAUACAACCUCACACGUAGGUUUUCCCAGGCAAGGUUCUUUGCUUUCUUUUUAGUCAUAGACGUGAACAAGGAAGGAAUUGAACACAAAUGGAGAAACCAGAAGAAUCUGAUACACUAUAGGGCUUAUUAAGGUACACAAGGUAGGAUUAAUACAUUAGUGCCAUCUCUGCAACCCAAAGGCAAAAGACCCAUACAUUUUCUGAACUUUUUUUGGAUUAGAGGAUUUUUCAGGUUUGUUUUUUUUUUUUCUUUCAUUUGCAGCCCCCUAAAAAUUUUUGAAUGGCGGUUUGGACCCCUUUGAAUUGUAAGUGUGGGUAUUCACAUACUUUUGAUUUGAUCAUGGUCAUCCUUCAUGGAUCCCUUAGACGUAGUCUGUGGACCCCCAAGGGUCUGCAGACCACAGGUUGAAAACCACAGGAUUAGAACAUAUUUUAUGUUGAACCCAAGACUGUUUCAGUAUAGGGAGAGAGAAGUGGAGAUUAGAACUUUUAGUUCUGGAUUGGCUUCGCUAUUCCUGGACGCACCUAUUUGUGUUUCAUUUUUUAUUUAUACAUAAUUAAUAAUAUUUGUAGGAAAAAAUGGAAGUGGCAGAAGAGGACAGAGGAGACUUCAUUUGUUUAGUUUUGGCAAAAGAUCACUUGACUUUUUCUCAGAAUAAUGGAGAGAUGCCAUGCAACCUUCUAAGACAGUUGAUUUACUGGGCCUUCCUGGGACUAUUGAUAUGCUGUCAUUGUCAUUCAUAGUAUAGAUGAUGGAGCUCAUCCCCAUAGACCAUGUCCUCCAUCAGUGGCUAUCUAAGGGUUUAAUAAAUGUAUAUACAUGAUCUGUCUACCUCAGAAUACAUGUACUGCAGCAGCGUUUUGUAAGACUAGACGUUACUGCAAUGCCCUGAAGAAUUUUAGUAUUUUCCUGUGUAACUAAACUGAGGAGAAAUUAACAGUGUAAGCAUGCAAAUUCAAAAAGCCCUCCGCCAUUCAGUUCUAACUCUUGCUGUAAUAGUCUACAGUACAGGAUAUAUAUUUGGAAGUUUGUAGCUAAUUUUGGAAUCACUUGAAUUUGUUAUGGUGCUAUAUCAAUAUAUUUUACUUAAAUGUACAGGAUCAUAAAUCUGAAGCCAGUAUUAACAACUACAGCUGGUUAUGGCUUAUUGCAUAAAACUCUGCUUUUGUAAUAUGUUAAACUGACAAAACCUCAGUGGUAAAAAAUACCUAUUUUUCUAAAUUGCAAUCUGUCACAAUAUCUUCAUUAUGGAUUUCCCAUGGAGGUUUGCUGCACCAUUUACUGUUUUUUCUAGCUUCAUUGGAAGACUAGAUGGAACUAAAUUCAAGUAGGAGGGAUGCCUUGGGGUCAAAGUUCUGUUUCACUUCUGUGAAGCUUAAGAGACAGUUGAUUUGAUGUCAAGACUUAUAUUGGGUGAAAACUAUUGAUGUAGAUUUGUUUUCUAUUGUCUAAGGUCUGAAAGUCAGGCUCAGCAUAGAUAUCGCUUGGUCUUUUUGGGGUCAUGUUCAAUAUAUUUUGGUUUUAGUGAAGGUGGAGUAACUGUGAAGUAGUUUUCACAACUGUUUAUGCUGGUAAAUAAUUGCAGUACAAGCAUCUUGUUGCAUUAUCCUCAGCAGCAAUGAGACUAAUUACCUAGGCUCAUAGUCUCACUAGAUAUAGUUUUCAUUUAAAAUAGAGAAUUCAGAUAGAAUAUAUAAUAUUGAAUUUAAAUAAGAUUUGGGGGGUUUAAAAAUUAACUUUAUAAAAUUAUUUAUUCUAUUUUAAGCCUUCUAUCUUAUUUUACCAUCCAAGUAUUUUGGUUUCAAUGGUCCAGCUUUAUUUACGGGCAUAUAAAAUGAAAUUGUGAGAUGUUUUUACAAGCUUCUUCCUUUUACAUUGCGUUUGAGUAGUUUUUAUUUGUAUGUUUUUGUUUUUGUAUGGAUAAAGAGCAUUAAUUAUGCUUUUGUGCAAUAGGUUUGAAACAUGCAUUUAUUAGGCAUAUGUUUAAAUUGAAAAUGUAGCAUCUACUUACCGCUAAAUUGAAAAGGAUUGUAGGUGGAGUUUUUGAAGAUGUACAUUCAAAUGGUUUGUGUUUGUUUGUUUUGGGGGGCUUUGUUUGUUUGUUUUUAAGUAAAGUUUGGGAUUUUUGAAAUUUGUGUAAGAGCAAGAACUACCUGUCAGCAAUAUUUUAAAAUAAUCUGGCAAGAAAACUUAAUGUGAAUUGUGGAAGCAAUCUGCAAGACUUGCAGCCUAUCUGAAACUGUUUUGUGCCAUUGUUAUGUCUGGUAUCUUUGUGUACCAUCUAACCUGGGAAUAUUUAUUUUUUAUUGGUUGUGCAAUACUAUACACAACGCUAUAACCUCUGGGGACAUGGGACCAUAAAAAAUAUCAGACUACAAUUAUGAUGGUGCUAUCUUUCCAGUAGGCUAUGAGCCUUUGAAAGCUUAUCUGGCUCUAUUGUCUUUAUAACAGCAUAAUUAGUCUUAGAAGAUUUGUUGGAUUUUUUUCUAUUGGAUGAUAAAUGUAAUAGUAUAGCUAUCCUAUUUUACAGUGAUUUGAAAUUUACCAUUGAAUUAAAGAGAAUAGGAAAAAGCCAAUCAGUUUGUACAUCAACAGAUUAAUCUUUGAUAAAUUUAUAUUUUAAUCAGUACUUAUGAAAUGCAUUUAGUGCAGACACUUAAACUGUACAGAAAAAAAAUCCAGUUUCUGUGUUUCCUCAGGUAACCAGUUCACACAUUUUGCUGGAGAUAUUAAUGCAGCCUACAUUUCUGUUCCUCUGCUUCAUAGCUAAUAAAAAGAUAGACAUUCUGUCAUACAUGUUAAAUCUUUUGCGUAAUAAUAUACCUUACUUUAAUCAAGGUGUCUUGACAUGCAGUGGUGUUAGGUCUGAGGUGCAGAGAGAACACUUAAUUUUCUGAGGUGCAUAACAUUAUCAUGGAACUGUACUCUGCUUCUACAUAUGGAUGCAAACAGAGAUUAGAUACAAAUAGCCUAGGAACUUGCAUCUUAUGGUAAGCCAUCAUUCACUUUUCUUACUGGCGAGUUUGAAUUUUCUUGUGUAUAAAACCUAACCCCAGACCUGUAAAUCUAAUUUGCUUUGGCAAAUCCAGUUGAAGUUUAAUAUAGUCUACCCAAAUCAGAUUACAGGACUGGGGUCUUGAGUCCGAAUUCUGCAAACACUUUAAUGGUAACUUUAUGAACACAGAUGAUCCAUUGACAUCAAUGGGUUUAUUUCUAUGAGUAAAGUUACUUAGGGGUGUGCCUGCAGGAUGCAAUCCUGAGUUUUGAAGAAUGGACAGAAGUUCCAACUUUAUUUUAAAAUGCACUUAAAAUAUUGGCUCAGUUAAGUUCUUACAUCCAAGUGCUUUAACCAGACAAGACAAAAAUUCUUUCCAUCUGAAAAAGAUUAAUUUAAGGUUAAGGGACAAUAAGCCAGUGUAACCACUAAGCCUUUACCCUCAAUAUGUGGCAUAAUAAAGGUAUUGAAACUAUCACAGUGUAAAACCAUAUUUUUUACUUAGUUUCAUUUGAAAGUUUACAUUUUUAUGCUUUGUGUUGCUGUGUAAUUUUUGUACUAUUGGUGGCUAGUUUUUGUCUGAAUAAGCCUUUUGGGAUUAUUGCUUAAUGUUUUGAUUUUAUGAUAGUGAAGCUUGUAUUCAGUGUUUUGCCAAUUAAUAUUAUAUGCUUGUUAAUAAAAGCGAAAAAGAUAACUAAAAAUCCUGUUGGGUUGGAAAUUAUUGUCCAUUUUUUUUUCUCAAGAACAUAUAGGACUAGCUAGUACAAUACAGUGGUAUUUUACAACCUCAGCAUGCGCACUGGAAUGAUAAUCACACAUCUGGUUCUACAAUGCAUCUUUGCCCCUACCUGAUGUGCCUUUUCUGUGAUUCGUAUGCUGACAUAGUACAAAAUGUUGUACUAAAAAUGAAUUUUCCUAAAUUGGUUAACUUUGUUUGUGCCAAGUACAUGGCAGUAAAUGUUAAUUUACAAAUAAAGUGAUUUAUGGUGUGUGGAA